AUACUGUAGAGUAGUAUAACUUGAGUUGUCAGAACAGAAUUUCACUACUAUACGCUAUACGCUACACUUAUUCAUCAGUGUGAUCCAGUGUCGCAGUAACUUUACAGUGACAUAGAUCGUUAUAGGAUUAACUAGCGUGCACUAAUACUAUUUAAUAAUGGGGAAAAUUCCAUGGAGUUGUGUAUUUGUGGGUGUAUUUAUUUGUAUAGGUGUUACAAAUACUGUCGCGUAUUCAAAAUACGGCCGAAAAUGUGCAGACAUCGGGUGUCCGAGUAAUCAAGUUUGUGUGAUGGCCGAAGAUCCUUGUAACCGCGGAAGCUCUGCAUGUGGACUAUAUCCAACAUGUCAAAAUAAAGCUUUAGGCAGUGGUGCGAACGAGGAAAGUAAAGAUGUGUAUCAUUCUCAAAAUGCUGCUGGUACACCGGAAACUGGAAGUCAAACAAACUCUGGAUAUCCUCCAAGUUCCAGUAGUAAUUCAAACAAUCCAUCAGCACCUUCAGCACCAGUAUAUCCUUCAAAUCAACCAUCAAAGAGUUCUGGUUAUCCUGCUGGUUCUGGUUAUCCUGCUAGUUCUGGUUAUCCAUCAUCAGGAUCUUCUAGUUAUCCUGCAAGUUCUGGUUAUCCUGCAAGUUCUGGUUACCCUGCAAGUUCUGGUUAUCCAGCUAGUUCAGGUUAUCCAUCAGGAGGAUCCAGAUAUCCAGGUUAUCCAUCAUCAGGAUCUUCAAGUUAUCCAGGUUAUCCAUCGUCAGGAUCUUCAAGUUAUCCAGGAUAUCCAGCAAGUUCUGGUUAUCCAGGUGAUGCAACAAGAAAACAGAAUACAAACAAUGUUAACGCUGGUUACCCAUCUAGCGGUUAUCCUUCUGGUGGAUAUCCUCAAACUGGAGGAUAUCCUCAAGCUGGUGGUUAUCCUCAAGCAGGUGGUUAUCCUCAAGCAGGUGGUUAUCCUCAAUCUGCUGGUUAUCCUUCUGGUAGAUAUCCUCAAACUGGUGGAUAUCCCCAAACUGGAUAUCCUAACAAUGGAUAUCCUCAGGGUCAAUAUCCUCAGCAACCUCAGUAUCCCCCAAAACCUAAGAAGCCCAGUUUUGGUGAUCAAUUAUCAAACAUUGCUAAAAAUAUUGCAACGCGUGUAUUAACCCAAGCUGUUAUUGAUAAAGUAGCAAGUAAAUUUUAAUUAGUAACAUUUAAAUAAUUAUUAUAGAUAUAAAUAUGGUAUGACAUUUCUGAUUAAUGUAUUUAUUAUUGUUCGAUAAAUUUUAUUUUGAAGAAAUAAA